AUGCCAGAAAGUGAGACUAACCCAACAUUCAGCAAGUCCACUGGCCUCCCUAGGAAGCGAUUCUACCGAGCAAGAGCUCACAGCAACCCGUUAAGCGAUUCGCAUUUCCCAGUCCCGGUCUCUCCUCGUCAUGUCGACUACUCUGCUCACUUCCCAGAACUCUUCCCUUCAUCCGAUCAAGUCGACGGUAAUUCCCAAAGGAUUCAGUUUGCAGAUGUCGGUUGUGGGUUUGGAGGGUUGCUGAUUAGUCUGGCCACCCUUUUCCCUGAAACUUUGAUGGUGGGGAUGGAACUCAGAGACAAGGUGACAGAGUAUGUGAAAGAACGAAUCUUGGCGUUGAGGGUAACGAACCCUGGACAGUACCGAAACGUUUCAGUCGUUCGGACGAAUUCGAUGAAGUACAUCCCUAAUUACUUUGAGAAAGGACAGCUGUCCAAGAUGUUCUUCCUCUUCCCGGAUCCUCACUUCAAGGAGAAGAAUCACCGAAGGCGAGUGAUCAGCCCGCAUCUCUUGGAUGAGUAUGCGUAUGUUCUCCAGGUUGGUGGGAUCAUAUACACCAUCACUGACGUGGAAGAGCUCGGGGAGUGGAUGAAGGCUUGUCUAGAGCAGCACCCCAUGUUUGAGCCCCUGACAGAUCAAGAACUUGAAGCCGAUCCCGUCGUUAAGCUGUUGAGUACUGCAACGGAGGAAGGACAGAAAGUUGCUAGGAAUGGAGGCCAGACGUUCACGGCAGUGUAUAGACGGAUUGCAGGUUCUAGCAGUUGA